ACUGGAGUUGUCCUUCCCUGUGCAGACUGGAGUGCGGCCUCCAUUGGUGUCUCGAGGAGAAGGCUGAAUGAGGCAGAGGGGCUGAGCUCUGUCCGGGAGGCCCACUUAGAGCGGCACAAGGCAGCGAGACCCCGAGGGCUGGGGAGCAGGGAGUGGGGCCUGGUGCUGAGGAUGGCCAGGCAGCAGGCACCACCCUGGGUCCAUGCAGCCUUCCUCCUCUUCCUCCUCAGCCUUAGUGGUGCCAUCGAGAUUCCUAUGGAUCCAAGCAUUCAGAAUGAGCUGACCCAGCCCCCGACCAUCACCAAGCAGUCCGUGAAGGACCACAUCGUGGACCCCCGGGAUAACAUCCUGAUUGAGUGUGAAGCAAAGGGGAACCCGGCUCCCAGCUUCCACUGGACCCGGAACAGUAGAUUCUUCAACAUCGCCAAGGACCCUCGGGUGUCCAUGCGGAGAAGAUCUGGGACCCUGGUGAUUGACUUCCGCAGCGGUGGGCGGCCCGAGGAAUAUGAGGGGGAAUACCAGUGCUUCGCCCGCAACAAAUUCGGCACGGCCCUGUCCAACAGGAUCCGCCUGCAGGUGUCCAAAUCUCCCCUGUGGCCCAAAGAAAACCUGGACCCCGUUGUGGUUCAAGAAGGCGCCCCCUUGACGCUGCAGUGCAACCCCCCGCCAGGCCUCCCGUCCCCAGUCAUCUUCUGGAUGAGCAGCUCCAUGGAGCCUAUCACCCAGGACAAACGCGUCUCCCAGGGCCACAACGGAGACCUGUACUUCUCCAAUGUGAUGCAACAGGACAUGCAGACCGACUACAGCUGCAAUGCACGCUUCCACUUCACCCACACCAUCCAGCAGAAGAACCCCUUCACUCUCAAGGUCCUCACCACCCGAGGAGUUGCAGAGAGAACGCCCAGCUUCAUGUAUCCUCAGGGCACAUCCAGCAGUCAGAUGGUACUUCGUGGCAUGGAUCUCCUGCUGGAGUGCAUCGCUUCUGGCGUCCCAACUCCAGACAUCGCAUGGUACAAAAAGGGUGGGGACCUCCCAUCUGACAAGGCCAAGUUCGAGAACUUUAACAAGGCCCUUCGAAUCACCAAUGUCUCGGAGGAAGACUCUGGGGAGUACUUCUGCCUGGCCUCCAACAAGAUGGGCAGCAUCCGGCACACGAUCUCGGUGAGAGUAAAGGCUGCUCCCUACUGGCUGGACGAACCCAAGAACUUGAUCCUGGCUCCUGGAGAGGAUGGGAGACUGGUGUGUCGAGCCAAUGGGAACCCUAAGCCCACUGUCCAGUGGAUGGUGAACGGGGAGCCUUUGCAAUCGGCACCACCCAACCCAAACCGCGAGGUGGCCGGCGACACCAUCAUCUUCCGGGAUACACAGAUCAGCAGCAGGGCCGUGUACCAGUGCAACACCUCCAAUGAGCACGGCUACCUGCUGGCCAACGCCUUCGUCAGUGUGCUGGAUGUGCCACCUCGGAUGCUGUCACCCCGGAACCAGCUCAUUAGGGUGAUUCUUUAUAACCGGACUCGUCUGGACUGCCCAUUCUUCGGAUCCCCCAUCCCCACACUCCGAUGGUUUAAGAAUGGGCAAGGAAGCAACCUGGAUGGUGGCAACUACCACGUCUAUGAGAAUGGCAGUCUGGAAAUUAAGAUGAUCCGCAAAGAGGACCAGGGCAUCUAUACCUGUGUCGCCACCAACAUCCUGGGCAAAGCUGAAAACCAGGUCCGCCUGGAGGUCAAAGACCCCACGAGGAUCUUCCGGAUGCCUGAGGACCAGGUUGCCAAAAGGGGGACCACGGUGCAGCUGGAAUGCCGGGUGAAACAUGACCCCUCCCUGAAGCUCACGGUCUCCUGGCUGAAGGACGAUGAGCCUCUCUAUAUUGGAAACAGGAUGAAGAAGGAAGAUGACUCCCUGACCAUCUUUGGCGUGGCAGAGCGGGACCAGGGAAGUUACACAUGUGUUGCUAGCACUGAGCUAGACCAAGACCUGGCCAAGGCCCACCUGACUGUGCUAGCUGAUCAGGCCACUCCAACUAACCGUCUGGCUGCUCUGCCCAAAGGACGGCCAGACCGACCCCGGGACCUGGAGCUCACCGACUUGGCUGAGAGGAGUGUGAGGCUGACCUGGAUCCCAGGGGAUGAUAACAACAGCCCCAUCACAGACUACGUCGUCCAAUUUGAAGAGGACCAGUUCCAGCCGGGUGUCUGGCAUGACCAUUCCAAGUUCCCAGGCAGUGUGAACUCAGCCGUCCUCCAGCUAUCCCCAUACGUCAACUAUCAGUUCCGGGUCAUUGCUGUCAACGAGGUGGGAAGCAGUCACCCCAGCCUCCCAUCUGAGCGCUACCGCACCAGUGGAGCACCCCCUGAGUCCAAUCCUGGUGAUGUGAAGGGAGAAGGUACCAGAAAGAACAACAUGGAGAUCACGUGGACGCCCAUGAAUGCCACCUCCGCCUUUGGCCCCAACCUACGCUACAUCGUCAAGUGGCGGCGGAGGGAGACUCGAGACACGUGGAACAAUGUCACUGUGUGGGGCUCCCGCUACGUGGUGGGGCAGACACCUGUCUACGUGCCCUAUGAGAUCCGGGUCCAGGCGGAAAACGACUUUGGGAAGGGCCCGGAGCCUGACACUGUCAUCGGGUACUCGGGAGAAGAUUUACCCAGUGCCCCCAGGCGUUUCCGAGUCCGGCAGCCCAACCUGGAGACAAUCAACCUGGAGUGGGACCACCCGGAGCACCCCAAUGGGAUCCUGACAGGCUACAUCCUCAAAUACGUGGCCUUUAACGGAACCAAAGUGGGAAAGCAGAUGGUGGAGAACUUUUCUCCCAAUCAGACCAAGUUCUCGAUGCAGAGGGCAGACCCUGUGUCCCGCUACCGCUUUACCCUCAGCGCCAGGACACAGGUGGGCUCUGGGGAAGCCGUCACAGAGGAGUCUCCAGCUCCUCCAAAUGAAGCUACUCCAACCGCAGCGCCUCCCACGUUACCCCCAACCACCAUGGGUGCCACGGGCAUUCUGGGCAGCACUGACGCUACUGCCCUUGCUGCCACCAGUGAAGCAACAACGGUCCCCAUCAUCCCAACUGUGGCACCCACCACCACCACCACCACCACCACCACCGUGGCCACAACUACAACCACUGCAGCCACCACCACCACCACCACGGAGAGCCCUCCCACCACUACCACGGGAACUAAGAUUCAGGAAUCCGCCCCCGACGAACAGUCCAUAUGGAACGUCACGGUGCUCCCCAACAGUAAAUGGGCCAACAUCACCUGGAAGCACAAUUUCGGGCCCGGAACUGACUUUGUGGUUGAGUACAUCGACAGCAACCAUACGAAAAAAACUGUCCCUGUUAAGGCCCAGGCCCAGCCUAUACAGCUGACAGACCUCUAUCCCGGGAUGACUUACACAUUGCGGGUUUAUUCCCGGGACAACGAGGGUAUCAGCAGUACCGCCAUCACCUUUAUGACCAGUACAGCUUACACCAACAACCACACCGACAUUGCCACCCAGGGCUGGUUCAUCGGACUCAUGUGUGCCAUCGCCCUCCUGGUGCUGAUCCUACUCAUCGUCUGCUUCAUCAAGAGGAGCCGAGGUGGCAAAUACCCAGUGCGAGAGAAGAAGGAUGUUCCCCUGGGCCCCGAAGACCCCAAAGAAGAGGAUGGGUCCUUUGACUACAGCGAUGAGGACAACAAGCCCCUGCAGGGCAGCCAGACUUCCCUGGACGGCACCAUCAAGCAGCAGGAGAGUGACGACAGUCUGGUGGACUACGGCGAAGGGGGCGAGGGGCAGUUCAAUGAGGACGGCUCCUUCAUCGGCCAGUACACUGUCAAAAAGGACAAGGAGGAAACAGAAGGCAACGAGAGCUCAGAGGCCACAUCGCCCGUCAACGCCAUCUACUCUCUGGCCUAACGGAGCCCCACAGGGCACAGCCACUGCUUUCCAAGCGGGGGAGGGGAAAGGGGGAGAUGACGC